GUUGAUUGGCUGGUUUGGCGCUACCGCACACGGCUUGUUGAAAGAGAAGAACACAGUGCUAGCAAUAGCCCAGACUACAGCGGUAGCGUCCAACUUGGUAACCAGCCGUUGUUAAGAAUAGUCGAGAACAGCGUUAGGCGAAAAACCAUGCCUCGUGUUUAUAUUGGACGAUUAAGCUAUCAUGUCCGCGAAAAAGACAUUCAGCGAUUUUUUAGCGGAUAUGGAAAGCUCAUGGAAAUCGAUUUGAAAAACGGCUAUGGAUUCGUGGAGUUCGAGGAUAACCGGGACGCCGACGAUGCCGUGUACGAGCUGAACGGGAAGGAGCUGUGCGGGGAGCGGGUGAUCGUCGAACAUGCCCGGGGGCCGCGGCGAGAUCGAGAUGGCUACGGUGGGGGUUACUGGGGUGGUGGGCGCAGUAGCGGCUACAGCAGCCGGAGCCGCUCUGGCAGGGAUAAGUAUGGGCCUCCAGUCCGUACUGAGUACCGCCUCAUUGUGGAGAACUUGUCCAGCCGCUGUAGUUGGCAGGACCUCAAGGACUUCAUGCGUCAGGCAGGAGAGGUGACUUAUGCAGAUGCCCACAAGGAACGCACAAAUGAGGGAGUGAUCGAGUUUCGGAGCCAGUCGGACAUGAAGAGGGCUCUGGACAAGCUGGACGGCACAGACAUCAACGGACGGAAGAUUCGUCUUGUGGAGGACCGGCCUCGCAGACGGAGGUCUUACUCUGGCAGCCGCUCCAGAUCUCGUAGUCGCCGCCGCUCCCGCAGCAGGAGUCGCAGAAGCCACAGAAGCAGGAGCUCCAGGAGUCGCUCCAGAUCACACUCUAGGUCUCUUUCUCGUAGCAACAAGAGACGUCAUCGCUCCCGCUCCAGAUCUGGAAGGAAGUCUCGCUCCAAGUCAGGAGGAAGCAAAUCACGUUCUCGCAACCGCAGGUCCCGUUCACGCUCCCGCAAAUCCAAAUCUCGUUCACGCUCCCGCAAAUCCCGGUCCCGUUCAGCCGACCGGAAAUCCAAGUCUCGUUCAAAGAGCUGUUCAAAGGUAAAGUCAGAGCGGGGUUCUCGCAGUCGAUCCAAGGAGAUGUCUGGUGACAAGAAGUCCCGCAGUCGUUCAGCUUCCCCAGUGGAGAACGGGAAGGAGGAGCGUGUCGCCAAAUCUGCCUCCCGCUCCCCCUCCCCACAGGAGGAUGACUGCCGAUCCAAGUCAAGGGAGAAACGUUCAGCCUCCCGCUCCAAGUCCCGCUCAAGGUCUCGCUCGCGGUCUAGAUCAGCGUCUCAGGAUUAGUGGAAUUAGAAAGGGGAGGUGUUUUUUCAUUGUUGAGCUUGAUCCCUAUGCUGUACAUAAUGAGCAGUGUCAUCAUACGGUCUUGUGCUUCCUGACUUGUCUACUUUUCUCCUUCAAGUGUGCACUUCCUUAAACACGUUUUAGAUGCCGUUUUAUUAGAGGGUGCACCACAGUGAUAGGGAUACUUUUUGGAAUCAUUUUGGUCUCUGAAUCGUCUGCCUCCCAAAAAUCUGCAAUUUUCUCCCCAAUUAUUUUCAAAAACUGUGUGCUAAUCUUAACAUCUUUAUAGCGGCAACCUGAGGUGGUUUAAGCCACUCUGUGCCAUAAUUUUCAACUUGAUAAGUAAACUGUAGGUUUGUCACAUCAGUCUGUUUUUAAUUAAAAGCUGUUUAUAGCUUAUCAAAAAUUAAGUUGUCUUUAUUUUACUUUAAUCAUGCGGCAUCUCAGUUUGCAGCAGAUCUUGUUCGUUUGGUAGAUUGAUACAAUUUACUAGCAUUGUAAGUGUCCCCAGUCCACUAAUGUCUGGAGCAUCCGUCAGGCAUUGUUUGAUACAACUGUUUUCUCAUACUUAUUCAAACUGCAUGGUUGUGGGAGAAAAGUAGCAUUUGGCUACAGCAUUGGUGUGGUUUCCCUUUUUGAGCUACAGUCUCGAUAAUUGCUUUCUCAAGGAAUUGGUCGAUCUUGGUGCUGUCUUGAGGCACUCUAAAAUGCACAACUGGGAUGCAAAAACUUGUACUGCAGAACUGCAUAUUUACAAGAAAAUGAUAUGGGUAUGUAUUUCAUGUUUGAACAACUUACUUUUUAACUUCUUGUACAUAGACCAUGUGAUCAUCAUCAAACUGAUUUAUUCCUUUCGGUUGCUACCAAUGUUAGUGUUUUUUUUGUUUUGUAACCUUGAGCAGGUAAUCUGUAGAAGGCCCUUUUUUUUUUUUUUUUUUUUUAACUUGCUGGUUUUCAGUUUAAUUAGAGCUUCAAAGCUUCAAAUUCAGUGUCACAUUGUUCUCGCGUUUCCUGCUUUGUUCUGAUUGCAUCCCUGAUAGUCAUUUUCGAUUUGUAUUUCAUCUUUUUUUUUUUUCCUCCCCUGCAGUUUAAUCCAGGUGUUAAGGGUUUUGUCACGCCUCUGCUUAUUUACAGUGUGCAGCUAUACUGGAGUUUUUGUACUUGAAGGGUACAUCUUCCCAAAUAUUUUGGGUCUGCUUGUGGGUUUAUAACAACACAAACAUCAGAUUUACUAAAUGCACCCCCUUUCUCCAGUUUUUGGAACAGAUUCAUAUUUUUUUUUCCUCCAUGCAAAUGAGAUCUAACAGAAAAUGUCCUUUUUUAUUGUAUGUUCAAUUAAAGAUCUUAAUGAAAA